CCCCGCCUCCCGGGGAAGAGGCAAGGGCGCGACGCUUCCGGGAGCCCGGCGGCCGCGGGCACCUCUUAGGGAGUUUCAGGCGUCAACCCGGAGGCCCCACUCGCCGCGAGCCCAGAUGCCCGUGCAGCCUCCAGGCAAAGACACAGAAGAGAUGGAAGCAGAGGGUGAUUCAGCCGCUGAGAUGAAUGGGGAGGAGGAAGAGAGCGAGGAGGAACGGAGCGGCAGCCAGACCGAGUCAGAGGAGGAGAGCUCAGAGAUGGACGAUGAGGACUACGAGCGGCGUCGCGGCGAGUGCGUCAACGAGAUGCUGGACCUGGAGAAGCAGUUCUCAGAGCUAAAGGAGAAGUUGUUCAGGGAACGGCUGAGUCAGCUGAGGGUGCGGCUGGAGGAAGUGGGGGCUGAGAGAGCGCCUGAAUACACAGAGCCUCUGGGGGGGCUGCAGCGGAGCCUCAAGAUCCGCAUUCAGGUGGCAGGGAUCUACAAGGGCUUCUGCCUGGACGUGAUCCGGAAUAAGUACGAGUGUGAGCUGCAGGGAGCCAAGCAGCACCUGGAGAGUGAGAAGCUGCUGCUCUACGACACCCUGCAGGGGGAGCUGCAGGAGCGGAUCCAGAGGCUGGAAGAGGACCGCCAGAGCCUGGACAUCAGCUCUGAGUGGUGGGAUGACAGACUCCAUGCCGGAAGCAGUGCAAAGACUUGGGAUUCUCUGCCGCCCAGCAAGAGGAAGAAGGCGCCUCUCGUUUCUGGUCCUUACAUCGUGUACAUGCUGCAGGAGAUUGACAUCCUGGAGGACUGGACAGCUAUCAAAAAGGCUAGGGCGGCUGUGUCCCCUCAGAAGAGAAAAGCAGAUGGACCUUGACCCUGCUGUUCAGGGCCAAGGGGCCCCUCAGAGCAGCUGGCAGCAACCCCAGGAUUUGCAUUUUCCUGCUGUGGGAAGGCGGACUGACAAACCCCUCAGGGUCUAGCCAGACAGCUCCCUGGUGCUGCUGCUGGGCCUUCCUCUCCAGCCACCACUGGUCUGGACUCCUCUGCCCUCCUCGGAGGCCUGCACAGCUGUGGCCCAGAGCCGCCCUAGCCAGGCAAGACUGUCUCCUCCGUCCCCAGUGAGCCCGCCACCACCUUCCCCUCCCAAAGGUCAGCCUCCUCUGUGCCCUCCCAGACAAAGAAGAUGUGGCUCAUCUUAAGCCAAAGCAACAUCCUCUCUGCUGACCUCGGACCAGUCGCUGAGCCAGUGAUCUGGGCCCCACUUCGUGGGAUCUCUGACCCGGGAAUUACAUUUUGGGGGCCUGUCUCUCCUGGCUGUCGCUAGAGAUGAGAAGGCUCCCCGAGUCUUCUCAAGGAGGUUCUUGGUAUCUGUCUCCCAGAUUUCAGGGACUGGAAUUAAAACCUUUCCUGGGACUCUGCCA